AUGCACGGGACAACUACGGGGAAGGCGAAUUCAGUCGCGACAGUCUAUGAUCACGAGAAAGAUUUGCAGCUGAGUGUUCAGCUGAUUCGUUGGAUGUUGGAGGUGGUUGGCGCGUGGCCGAAAUCCAAUGCGAUCUCAUGGAUAGAGAGAUACGCGUACGCAAUGUUGCACGUGAUUUGUGUCAGUUUGAUUAGCUUCAUCGUUGUACCCGCCGUCAUGAGCAUAAUGCUUGAGAUAGACAACACGUACAUUAUCAUAAAAAUCAGCGGAGCGCUAAGUUUCAUGAUACUGGCUAUCGUGAAGUAUUGUUCGCUGAUCUUCCACGAAAAGGACAUUCGCAACGGUAUCAAGCAUAUUCAGAGUGACUGGAAAAAUACUCGUUAUUACGACGAUCGGAUCAUCAUGAUCAAAAGCGCGAAAUUCGGCCGGCACCUCGUGACGAUCUGUGCGUGCUUCAUGUACGGCAGCGCCGUUUUCUUUUAUUUCGCCGUGCCGUACAGUAUUGGCAAAAUUACAGAAAACGACGGAAACCUGACGUAUUGGCCGAUCAGAUAUCCAGUCGCCAGAAAGAUCAUCGACGUGCGAUACAGUCCCGCCAAUGAGAUUUUCUUUUGGGUGCAAUGUCUGUCGGGCUUCCUCGCGCACUCCAUCACUGCCACUGGAUGCAGCAUAGCCGCCGUAUUCGCGAUGCACGUUUACGGCCGUAUGGAGAUUCUAAUACAGUGGAUCGAGCACUUGAUAGACGGCCGGGAAGGUUUAUGUGAUAAAAUGAAUGACAGAUUGGCAAUGAUCGUGCAGCAACACGUUCGAAUCUUACGUUUUAUAUCGCUAACGGAUAAAGUACUUCGUGAAAUAUCUAUCAUAGAAGUUGUACAAUGUACAGGAUCUAUGUGUAUUGUCGGAUAUCAUGCUAUCACGGUAUGCAUAUCAUGCGACGAGUUAUAA